AUGACCACUCGGCUCAGGAAGCACAGGAAGAAGAGGGGGCACGUGAGCGCGGGCCACGGUCGCGUGGGCAAGCACCGCAAGCACCCCAGCGGCCGCGGAAAUGCAGGUGGCCAGCAUCACCACCGCAUCCUGUUCGACAAGUACCACCCUGGAUACUUCGGCAAGGUCGGCAUGAGGCACUUCCACUACAGCCGCAACAAGUACCACUGCCCCAUCGUCAACCUGGACAAGCUCUGGUCCCUGGUUGGCGAGGAGGCGCGUGAGGCCGCGGCCAAGGACAAGUCCUCGGCCCCCGUGAUCGACGUGACCAAGCACGGCCUGUUCAAGGUGCUGGGCAAGGGCCAGCUGCCCGCGCAGCCGGUGGUCGUCAAGGCCAAGUUCUUCUCCAAGCUGGCCGAGAAGAAGAUCAAGGAGGCGGGCGGCGCUGUCGUGCUGACGGCAUGA